AGGCUAUUCUAGUUUGCUAGCAAUUCCUCCGUAAUCCCGCCCUCAAAUUAUCUACAUGAUAAGACCCCGGGUUCGGGUAUAACAUCUCGUAUCAGAGCUUCUUGUUCCCAGAUCCCAAAGGACCAAGAACACACUUCCACUCUUUCUCAUUUCCUUCAUCCUCAUUUCGUCCAAAACAUUCUCCCCCCCCCCCAUUUCCUUCAUCCUAGCUACUGGCCUACCUUCACUCUUUCACUUCCUAGUUCAAAACAUGUCUCACACCUCCCAAAACAUCACCAAGGAAGACCUAGUUGCAUCCAAUGCCGAACUCAAAGCUCAAGUUGAGUAUUUGGCCAAACAAGUGGCUAAACUCACUAAAAUGAAGUUGAAGAUGACGAAGACACCCGAGGAAAGUGAAGACGAGCAAGAAGAAGAGACCCAUGCAGAAACUCCUUCCUCUUCCAUACGAAAGGACAACCAAGAGAAGUCCUCCGCUAGUUUCAAGGUUGAAAUCCCAACCUUUGAUGGCAAGGACGACCCCGAUGAUUUUAUCGAAUGGUUAGAGACGGUUCAAAACAUGUCUCACACCUCCCAAAACAUCACCAAGGAAGACCUGGUUGCAUCCAAUGCCGAACUCAAAGCUCAAGUUGAGGAUUUGGCCAAACAAGUGGCUAAACUCACUAAAAUGAAGAUGAAGAUGACGGAGACACCCGAGGAAAGUGAAGACGAGCAAGAAGAAGAGACCCAUGCAGAAACUCCUGCCUCUUCCAUACGAAAGGACAACCAAGAGAAGUCCUCCGCUAGUUUCAAGGUUGAAAUCCCAACUUUUGAUGGCAAGGACGACCCCGAUGAUUUUAGCGAAUGGUUAGAGACGGUUCAAAACAUGUCUCACACCUCCCAAAACAUCACCAAGGAAGACCUGGUUGCAUCCAAUGCCGAACUCAAAGCUAAAGUUGAGUCUUUGGCCAAACAAGUGGCUCAACUCACUAAAAUGAAGUUGAAGAUGACGGAGACAACCGAGGAAAGUGAAGACGAGCAAGAAGAAGAGACCCAUGCAAAAACUCCUUCCUCUUCCAUACGAAAGGACAACCAAGAGAAGUCCUCCGCUAGUUUCAAGGUUGAAAUCCCAACUUUUGAUGGCAAGGACGACCCCGAUGAUUUUAUCGAAUGGUUAGAGACGGCUACUGGCCUACCUUCACUCUUUCACUUCCUAGUUCAAAACAUGUCUCACACCUCCCAAAACAUCACCAAGGAAGACCUGGUUGCAUCCAAUGCCGAACUCAAAGCUCAAGUUGAGUAUUUGGCCAAACAAGUGGCUCAACUCACUAAAAUGAAGUUGAAGAUGACGGAGACACCCGAGGAAAGUGAAGACGAGCAAGAAGAAGAGACCCAUGCAGAAACUCCUUCCUCUUCCAUACGAAAGGACAACCAAGAGAAGUCCUCCGCUAGUUUCAAGGUUGAAAUCCCAACCUUUGAUGGCAAGGACGACCCCGAUGAUUUUAUCGAAUGGUUAGAGACGGUUCAAAACAUGUCUCACACCUCCCAAAACAUCACCAAGGAAGACCUGGUUGCAUCCAAUGCCGAACUCAAAGCUCAAGUUGAGUUUUUGGCCAAACAAGAGGCUCAACUCACUAAAAUGAAGUUGAAGAUGACGGAGACACACAAGGAAAGUGAAGACGAGCAAGAAGAAGAGGCCCAUGCAGAAACUCCUUCCUCUUCCAUACGAAAGGACAACCAAGAGAAGUCCUCUGCUAGUUUCAAGGUUGAAAUCCCAACCUUUGAUGGCAAGGACGACCCCGAUGUAUUUAUCGAAUGGUUAGAGACGGUUCAAAACAUGUCUCACACCUCCCAAAACAUCACCAAGGAAGACCUGGUUGCAUCCAAUGCCGAACUCAAAGCUCAAGUUGAGUAUUUGGCCAAACAAGUGGCUCAACUCACUAAAAUGAAGUUGAAGAUGACGGAGACACCCGAGGAAAGUGAAGACGAGCAAGAAGAAGAGGCCCAUGCAGAAACUCCUUCCUCUUCCAUACGAAAGGACAACCAAGAGAAGUCCUCCGCUAGUUUCAAGGAAGACCUGGUUGCAUCCAAUGCCGAACUCAAAGCUCAAGUUGAGUAUUUGGACAAACAAGUGGCUCAACUCACUAAAAUGAAGUUGAAGAUGACGGAGACACCCGAGGAAAGUGAGGACGAGCAAGAAGAAGAGGCCCAUGCAGAAACUCCUUCCUCUUCCAUACGAAAGGACAACCAAGAGAAGUCCUCCGCUAGUUUCAAGGUUGAAAUCCCAACCUUUGAUGGCAAUGAAGACCCCGAUGAUUUUAUCGAAUGGUUAGAGACGGUUGAACGCGUGUUUGACUAUCUGACAUUCCUGAAGUUCAACCAAACAACCAAUAAUCGAUUAUCACAAUUGUGACAAUCGACUAUCUAGCAAUCU